CUGGUGGCUCUACAGUGCAGGCCAGAGGGUGAGAAAAAGAGACAGAAAAGCACAGCAAGAAAGACUACAGGAAAACUUGGAAGGGAAAGACGAGAGAAGCCAGAGGAGAGAGGUAGGGACGCAUGAUGAGAGGAGAAGAAACAGAGGAAACCCAUUCCAGCUGUGUUUCUGCAACAAAUAGAGUCGUGAUAACAUCUUCAUGGUGAAGAAUUUUCUGCCGCUGCACGCCAAGGGAACAAACAAUUACCUCUGACAUUUUUGGUCAGUAUCAGGCUGUUUAUUUUUAAUCAAGCUGUAAUCCAAACAGAUGAUCUAGUAAUAGGACAGAAACAGCGCUUAGUUUGAGUGGAAAACAAGUCUUAUUGGUCCCUUCUUAAAAAAUCCCCCACAAAACAAACAAACUUUGCUUUGUGCACCAAGAACCUUUCCAGAACUUAUUCGAAAAGAUUUAAACAUGAGUGCAGACAACUCUAGCCUGCUGGACAGCCUGCUCUUUCCCCCUCUCUGCGAUGGCUGGAGCAACAACACAGAGGGAGCCAUCUACCAGUUGGGCAACACCAUCCUGUUUCUGGGCUACAUGGGAGGAAGCGGGGCCUACGGGUGCCUCUUCAUCUUCGGCUUCCUUUGUCCCGGUUUCCUGUGUCUUCUUCUGUGGGGAUUGCUUACAGUGUGCGGCCUGGAUGUCUUCACCUGGAACCUGCUUCUACUGCUGGUCUGCUUGCUUCAGCUCUGUCACCUCCUUUACCGGCUGCACCAGGAGGGCAUACGAGGUGAGGAGCUGGCCUCCCUCUACCAGGCGGUCUACCUGCCCCUGGGCGUGCCUGUCCAGGUGUUCAAGGAGAUUGCAAAGGCUUUUGAGAACAAGGUGCUCGAGCUGAAAGCAGGAGAGACUUAUGCUGUGGAAGGAAAGACCCCCAUUGACCGGCUCUCCUUUCUGCUUUCUGGAAGGAUCAACGUGUCUUUGGAGGGCCAGUUUCUGCAUUACAUCCACCGACACCAGUACCUCGACUCUCCUGAGUGGGAGUCUCUUAGACCAAACGAGGAGGGAAAGUUCCAGGUGACCCUGACAGCAGAGGAAGAUUCCUGUUACAUCUCAUGGCGUCGCCGCCGCCUCUACAUGCUGAUAUCAAAGGAUCGCUACAUCGCCCGUCUCUUCUCUGUAAUGCUGGGACACGACAUUGCUGAAAAGCUCUACAACCUCAACAACAAGCUCUACAUCAAAAGUGGCGUGUUGUUGGACAUCCGCCUGCCAAGCCUCUACCACGUGCUAGCUCCUGCCUCGCAGGGCAGUGAGGGUGGCAGCGGCAGUGACGGAGGCCCUGCCAGGGAGCAACAAACUGAACAGCAGUGCCAAGACCCAGAGCUCACCUACCAGAUGCCUGACAGACCUAAACCUCAGCCUCUCCAGCCCAAACCUCAGGGACCAAUGAAGACAGCCGUGGAAGAACCCUUGUAUGACCCUUAUCACCCUUCCUGGGCGUCUGACCCGGAGCUGCCCAUUGGUGAGGACUCCACCAGCCUAGUCCUGGAGGACUUUGCUGAUGUGGCGGGCUCCUUAACGGAUUAUGGCAGUGAGAGGGAAUAUUUGAGGUAGAGAGGGAGGGUGUUGGAGCUAACACACGGGGGCACCACUUAAGCUACAUGAGGUGAUGGGAAUCUACCACCUCGAUUCCAGAGGGUCAGAGCGCCACUGGCUCCUACUGAAACCCCUAAACUGUGAGACGUCUCUCCUGGAAACACUACCAUCUCCUUCUCUUUCUUUGUUCCUGUUCUUCAGUCCAGAGUAUAAAGAAUAUAAAUUCUUAACAUUUAACUAUUUGAAUUAAAAUUUAAGUCAUACAACAAACUUUACUGACAUCUUUUAACAGUUUGACAUAUUAUUUAGGAGUGUUAACAUCUUCCUUGUUACCAUUUAGUCUUUAGGCCUUUAGGCCAUGCUAUCCCAAAAUACAGUGACCCUGAGAGCGUAAAUGACCUACAACCUAAGACAACACUGGCAAAUACAAAAAUGCUGCAAAAAGCAUUUAAAAAACCACAGAAGUUGAAUAAAACAUGAAGGAAGUGAAUAAAACUCAACAGAUAUUAAAGUAGAAAAAAAAAAAACAAAAUCUCACAACAUAAGUGUUUUUUGGGAGACAGUAAUUUGUGAAACUGACGGAAACCUAAACAUGAAGGAUUGCACUUAGACUCGUUUAAAAGAAGCGGAAAAUUUAUUUGUGUUGUGUGGGAGAAAAGUUGGAAGGUAAUGUGUUUUAAUUGCAUGCUUCAUACAGUGCUGUAGAUACAUGUUUGCUACUAGCCAUAGAUCAGCAGAAGUCAGGUUCAGUGUGUACCGGUUAUUUUGUUGUAAAAUUUUGCAGUGAUCCUACGGCCACAGUACACGGUGCACAUGGUCAAUUGUUUAUGUGGAACAGCCAAAAUUAUGCUUCACAAUUAAUAUUUUUAAGCUAAUUAGCAUGUAAUGCAAUUAUAGCUAAGCUAGUGAAUCUCAAUUUGGGCCUUCUCGUAUUAUUUUGCUUGCGAUGUUACUGACCCCAUUGAAAAAUGUUUCAGUGGUAAAUCUCUUCAGCGAACAAAAACUUAUUUCUGUUGUGAGGGAGAAAAUGAUCCAGGUAAUGUGUGUUUUAAUUGCAUGAUUCAUAUAAUACUGUAGCGACAUAUUUGCUAUUAGCCGUUGACUGUUAGCUUGGCACUUUCAUAGCUAUUCUGUCACUUUAAUGUCUUCCAAAAAACAGUAUUUUGUGAGGGUAUUUUUUGUUGCUGUUUUGGUAAGCUUUUGCGGUGUUUUUCCACUUAAUUUUUUUCUGUUUUGCUAAUGCUAAUUAGCGCUUAUGUUUUUUGUGCUUUUGCUACAUUUUUCCAUUUUCUGGUGUUUUCUUCAGUUGCAGUGCAUUUGAUCUUUCAUGGCCUCUCUACCAAGAGUCUGAAAUCUGCCUUUAACAUUUUAAAUACAGUAGACUAUAAAAUCAAAUGUUUAACAAAUUAAAAGACUCAUCUCUCCAGCAGACAUGCUAUCUUGCUGAUAUUUUAUCAACAUGUCCUCAUCUAUGAAUUAGGCCCCAAAUAAAAUUAUAUUUAUACUAUCAUAUUGAUUGGCACUGUAGAACUGAGGACAGGCAGCCUUCACUUUGUUACCUACCAGCACAUUUAAUGUCUAAAACGUCAUUUCAUAUUAUGUGACUAAAUUUGCUUACAUUUCAGAUUGGAACUGUUUUUUAUUCAGAUUUGAUUUUCACGUGAUUUAAUGUUACAUUUCACUUUUGAAAUUUGCUUCACAAAUAAAUAAUAGUAAUUAUUUUAAUGAAUAUUGAUGUAAUGUAGAAAGGUUGCUGCACAUUUUCUGGGUCUGAUUUUAAAUAGCUUUGACAAUACAUGAUUUAAGUUAUGAAACAGCUUAACAUCGGCAGACGUACAUUACAAUCAAAUCUUCCUUCAAGCUCUGGAAAGCAUUUGGCUUUGUAUCCUUGAUCUUUUCAGACCUGUCUGGAACAUUUUAUGUACAAAACCUGCCAACUGGUUCUGUUGUCUUCUACCAUUUCACUGCAAUGUUUUGAUGUGUCAUGUUUAGAUUAGUGAUCAGAUUACCAAAGUCAUCCUUUUACAUGCUCUCUGCUGAUAUAUAUUAGAAGCCUGAUUUUUUAAAAAUGUUUUUAAACAUUGGUGUGUUUAAUACACGGGCAUAAUGUGAAUCACGGUAUUUGUGUGUUAUUGAAUUCAAAAGACGAGUGAUGAGACUAAAAUGAAGUCUAAGUAUUUAGAAAACAUUCUUUCAUGGGGCCAAGGUUUCUCCAGAUGAUUUAAGUUGUUUAUUUUCUGACUGUUAGCUUCCUGUCAUAUCUGUCCCAACCACACUAUGUAGCACUGUGAUGAUGCUCAAAAUGAUUUAUGUUCCACCCCCAAAAAGUCAAAGUACACACAGAUUCACCUUAGUGCAAAAGGACAAAUCCUUUUAGCCCUGAAAUCAGGAGAAAAGAAAGACAUGGUUAAGAGUUUGUUGCUGCAUUUAAUGCUAAAAGAACAAAAAACAAGGGACUAGGAUGUGAAACUAGACUGUUUGGUUUCAUAAACACUUCAACGCUUUAGUGAGUAUAGGCAAAAAAGAAAGAUAGUUAUAAUAUUAAUAAUAUUGUAACGGAAAUACUGAUAAUGUAAAUAAUCUUUUUUUCCCCCCAGUUUUAGUCAUGAUGUUAGAAAAUAUAAGGCUCCGCCCCUUGAGGUUGAACUCCAAUGAUAUUUUCCCAAAAUUAAACAAGGUAUAAAAAUG